AUGUCUGACCAUCAGAACACUCUUCGGUCCUCGGAGCACUUGUCUCUCGGUCUCAGUCCCCCAAUACGCUCUCAACGACAGCACAAGCACGUCAACAUCCACAACCCUCAUGCCUACUUCCCACCUCCCUUUGAUCGGACAACCUCAGUAUUGUACCCCGCUUGUAAUCCUGGUUCUACGUCCUCAUCGAGCACGCUUUCUUCGGGACGUGCCACCACGAUCCCUUCCUUCCGAUCGAAACCACAACAUCCAGGAUCCUCUCUCACCUCUGUUGACUGUCUGGGGCUCGAGAUUGACCCGUCAGAGACGAAACACGACGUGCUCGCAGCCACCUUUCGAGAUCGCCAACAAUCGCCAUCGAUGAUCCCUGCCCAACCUCGGUCUCUUGUCUCCGACCCGGGCAGCGCUGGUUCUACGUCGACCUCCUCGUCUGGCAUCUCGGCGACGCUCUUUGCCCCCACUCGAGCAAGUAUCCUCGCUUGGACGAAAGCCACGCCUUCGGGACCGCCCCAGACCACCCCUUCCUCCGAAUCCCGCUCUGAUCGCCAUGGCCUGACGGGCUCUGCUGGUCAUGCAUCGACUUCUAGAUCACGCUGCAGCACGAAUGUACUGGCUCUGGAGGACAUCGACCGUGACCCCCACGACGACCAGCCCUUCACCGUUCCCCUGGCUCUGCACCCCGACACAUCGUCCGCUUCGUGCGCGCCCCAAGACCCAUCAUCUUCGCCCGCUCUCGUCGUCUCGCACGCGCCUCAGCAAGACCGCCAGGACCGCCUCGACCGGCGCGAGCAGCGGCACCACAACUCGCACCGUCGCCAGGAGCGGGAGCGCGACCGGGAGCGGCCGCCUUUCCGCAUGCGUGACGGCUCUGACGGCUCGUCCCACGCGCGGGAGCACGGGGCCACAGACGACGUGCUCGACGAGAUUCUGCGCAUGGUCCAAUCGGUGGAUCUCGGUCGUGAGUAG